AUGAUAUAACUUUUGGAGCAACAUAGUUAGCCUCUGCUAUCCUUUCUACCUUUAUUAGAGACCAAUAAAAUAAUUAACAGAGAAGAAUAGCCAAAUAGAAAAAUUUUGGUUGUUUUUAUGGUAGAAAAAAUUCCAGACUAGUAUGCGAAAAUUAAUUCUAUUUAUUAGAAAUUCUAAGACGGUUUUGAUUAAAUUAUAAUGACUUUACAUCAUUAUGAGACACCUAAAGAAAUUCCUGACAAAAUUUCGAAUUAGAAUUAUGCAAUUAGAUCUGUCUUAGCUGAUUUGAAUAAAACACACCACUAUCUACCAAAAAAAAUACUGUUUAAUUAAUUUGAUGUUGAUACUAUCUUUGACAAAACUUUCUGA